UGCUCUCCUCUCCCCCUCCCCCUCCCUUCCCUCCGGCCCUCCCCCACCUCCCCCUCCCGCGCCGAGACUCGCCGCCGCAGCCGCCGGAGUAGCCGCCGCCGGAGCAGCGCGCAGCCAUGGCCGAGAACCCCGGCUUGGAGAACCACCGCAUCAAGAGCUUUAAGAAUAAGGGCCGAGAUGUAGAGACAAUGCGAAGACACAGAAAUGAAGUGACAGUUGAACUGCGAAAGAACAAAAGAGAUGAACACUUACUGAAAAAAAGAAAUGUUCCCCAAGAAGAAAGUUUAGAAGAUUCAGAUGUUGAUGCUGAUUUUAAAGCACAAAAUGUAACACUAGAAGCUAUAUUGCAGAAUGCCACAAGUGAUAACCCAGUGGUCCAGUUGAGUGCUGUCCAGGCUGCAAGAAAGCUAUUAUCCAGUGACAGAAAUCCACCAAUUGAUGACCUAAUAAAAUCUGGGAUUUUACCAAUUCUAGUGAAAUGUCUAGAAAGGGAUGAUAAUCCUUCAUUACAGUUUGAAGCUGCGUGGGCAUUAACUAAUAUAGCAUCAGGAACUUCUGCACAGACUCAAGCUGUUGUACAGUCUAAUGCCGUACCUCUUUUUCUAAGACUUCUCCAUUCACCACAUCAGAAUGUUUGUGAACAAGCAGUAUGGGCUUUGGGAAACAUUAUAGGUGAUGGUCCUCAAUGUAGAGAUUAUGUCAUAUCACUGGGAGUUGUCAAACCUCUUCUGUCCUUCAUCAAUCCCUCCAUUCCCAUCACCUUCCUUCGGAACGUCACAUGGGUCAUUGUCAAUCUCUGCAGGAAUAAGGAUCCCCCACCGCCUAUGGAGACAGUUCAGGAGAUUUUGCCAGCAUUAUGUGUCCUCAUAUACCAUACGGACAUAAACAUUCUUGUGGAUACUGUUUGGGCACUGUCAUACCUGACAGAUGGAGGUAAUGAGCAGAUACAGAUGGUUAUUGAUUCAGGGGUUGUGCCAUUUCUUGUGCCCCUUCUGAGCCACCAGGAAGUGAAAGUUCAAACAGCAGCACUCAGAGCGGUUGGCAACAUAGUGACAGGUACCGACGAGCAGACCCAGGUUGUUCUCAACUGCGAUGUCCUGUCACACUUCCCAAAUCUCUUAUCACACCCAAAAGAGAAGAUAAAUAAGGAAGCAGUGUGGUUCCUUUCCAACAUUACAGCAGGCAACCAGCAACAAGUUCAAGCUGUAAUAGAUGCUGGAUUAAUCCCUAUGAUUAUUCAUCAACUUGCCAAGGGGGACUUUGGAACACAAAAAGAAGCUGCUUGGGCAAUUAGCAACUUAACAAUAAGUGGCAGAAAGGAUCAAGUUGAGUACCUUGUACAGCAGAAUGUAAUACCACCAUUCUGUAAUUUACUGUCAGUAAAAGAUUCUCAAGUUGUUCAGGUGGUUCUAGAUGGUCUGAAAAACAUUCUGAUAAUGGCUGGUGAUGAAGCAAGCACAAUAGCUGAAAUAAUAGAAGAAUGCGGAGGUUUGGAGAAAAUUGAAGUUUUACAGCAGCAUGAAAAUGAAGACAUAUAUAAAUUAGCAUUUGAAAUCAUAGAUCAGUAUUUCUCUGGUGAUGAUAUUGAUGAAGAUCCUAGCCUCAUUCCUGAAGCAACACAAGGAGGUACUUACAACUUUGACCCAACAGCCAACCUUCAAACAAAAGAAUUUAAUUUUUAAGUUCAAUUGAGUGCAGCAUCUUUCCCACAUUCAAUAUGAAGCACCACCAGAUGGCUACCAAAUGACAAGAACAACAACUACAAAAGGCUCCAAAACAUACAUGCCUCUUUGUUUUGAUGCUUCUAAAGCAAGCCAUGUCUCAGUCACUUUGCAGUUGCCAAAAGUCACUAUCCACAUGGACUGUAAAUGCAUAUGCAUGAUUUCCUAAACUGUUUUAGAAUUCUCCUUAACAAUCUCAACUACCCUAUUUUUCCCUGUUCCCUGGUGCCACACGCUGACAACCGCAGUCUCCAGUUUAGAAUAUUCUGUAGUGGUGGCAUGUCAGCUGCCCACUUGAUAUUCCUUUGGAAAAUGGUGCGCUAUGGAUCAAGACACUUUGGUAUGACACAUACACAUGUUGGAAGACUUUAAAGAGGUGCAGUCUGAUCUGAGCCUCCAUCAUUGUCCUCCACAAACAUAUUUUCAUACUCUUUAUGUGGAAGAAUAGAUUUUAAAGUACAAGCCAAAUGAUUUUCAUUGGUGGAACUGACACAAACAAAAAGUAACUUAAAAAAAAGAAACUUGGUUAUUGAUUAAACAGAUAAGUUUUAAAAAACUGUACUUCAUCUACCAGUAAUUGAUGUGUUUAUUAUCUGCCUCAGAAGCCAGGGUUGGAGGAAGAACUUUAGCUAUGGAUGGUAAUGCUUUCGCCAUUAUACCUAAUUUUUGAGAACAGCAAGCCCUAUUUGACCACUCACUUCAGCCUGUGUGUUCCUGCUGUUUUGAAGUAAUCAAAUGCUGUGCAUGGUAUUUUACCUGAGCUGCAACCUGUUACGGACUUGAACUUCUGUUUAAGUUGAAAGCAAGAGUCCCUGACUAUAAAGAAAAAAAUAAAUAAAUAAAAACAAAAACACAAAAUUCUAAAGUACCCAUUGGUGAUAUUAAAAAAGAAAAUCUUGCUUUCAGCUUUCAGGAGUUAAUAUUUUUCGUUUUAAAUUGAUAAUUGGGUAUGGUUGACUUAUAUUGGGUUUAAACUGUGGAGCUUUCAUGUUUACUGUAAUUUAGUCUUAAAAUAUUUUUUACUUAGUAACCAGUGCUUUUGAUAAUGUGGUUGGCAACAAAACAACAACUAUUUAGAAGUGUCAUAAAACUUCAUUCAUUGAUUAUUGGAAAGUUCAUUCAGAUCCUACUCUAAAAGCAUAUUCACAUAUAAAAAGAUUCAGACAAGGAUCUGCAUAGAGGAAUAAUCUGCAGUUAUUUAACAUAAACCUGAUUUGCAGUG